AUUACUAGUUCUCUACCUGCUAGCUCCGUUCUGCACACCGGCACACCCAAGCGGCAAGGAUGCAGGCGAUUGCGGCGCCCGCGCAGCUCAGGAGCUUUGAGGGACUCAGGGCCAGCAGCAGCAGCGGUGGUGGCGGCCGUGCUGCCUCCGCCGCCCCUCGCAGACACGGCGCACGGCGGGGCACUGCCAUCGUCGCCAGCGCCGUCGCGACUAAGACCCUGAAGAUUGGCACCCGCGGGUCGCCCCUCGCCCUGGCGCAAGCCUACCUCACCCGCGACCUGCUCAAGUCCACCUUCCCCGAGCUGAACGAGGAGGGCGCGCUGGAGAUCAUCAUCAUCAAGACCACCGGCGACAAGAUCCUCAACCAGCCGCUGUCCGACAUUGGCGGCAAGGGCCUGUUCACCAAGGAAAUCGACGAUGCCCUGCUGGACGGCCGCAUCGACAUUGCCGUUCACUCCAUGAAGGACGUGCCCACCUACCUGCCCGCCGGCACGGUGCUGCCGUGCAACCUGCCACGCGAGGACGUGCGCGAUGUCUUCAUCUCCGCCAAGUACAAGAGCAUAGCGGAGCUGCCCGAGGGCGCCGUCGUGGGCUCCGCCUCCCUGCGCCGCCAGGCCCAGAUCCUGGCCAAGUACCCCACCCUACAGGUGGUCAACUUCCGGGGCAACGUGCAGACGCGGCUGCGCAAGCUGCAGGAGGGCGCCUGCGAUGCCACGCUGCUGGCACUGGCGGGUCUGAAGCGGCUGGGCCUGGCUGACAAGGCCACCUCCAUCCUCUCCACCGAUGAGAUGCUGCCUGCGGUUGCCCAGGGCGCCAUUGGCAUUGCCUGCCGCGAGGGUGACGAUCGCUCAGCGGCUGCGCUCGCUGCCCUGAAUCACGAGGAGACCCGCCUGGCAAUUGUUUGCGAGCGUGCGUUCCUUGCGGCUCUGGACGGCUCCUGCCGAACUCCCAUUGCUGGUUGGGCGCAUAAGGCUGAUGGCCAGCUGGCCUUCCGCGGCCUGGUUUCAACCCCCGAUGGCAAGAAGAUGUAUGAGACGACCCGCACCGGGUCGCUGACGGAGGAUGAGGCGCGGGCCAUUGGGCAGGAUGCUGGCACUGAGCUUAAGCAGCAGGCGCAGCAGGACGGCACUGUUUUUGACUGGUGAUUGGCGCGUUUGCUUGUGUGAUAGCCGCUCUUGAAUCCAUUUUUUUGUCUUACUUUUUUUAUAGGGAGCAAUGGAAGCCAACUCUCC